AUGACGCGAGCGAUCGGUGAAGGACGCGGUGGAACGGCGCGAAAUCGGGACCGUGGACGAAUGCGCUCGAGCGCGGUGAUGCGGCGCGCGCGAACGUUCGCGAGCGACGGUGCCGCGGUGGAAAGCGGCUCGGAGGAUGAAGACGACUCGGAGGACGAGGGCGACGCGAGCGGGCGAAGGGGGAAGCGCCGUGAAAAGAUAAAGUACGUCGUUCCGGAUUCGGUGCCGAACGAUCCGCCAAUGUUGCGGACGCUUUUGGUGCGGAGCGAUAACGAUGCGGCGUUGGCGACGACGAAGACGUGCGCAGAGGCAUUAAGUUUGGCGACGGAGACGUUGGCCGGAGGCGGGCAGCCGCCGUCGUCGAGGGCGAUGCGCAUAAUCAUCACAAAGGUUAAGACUUCGGAUGACGUUCGAGCGGUGUUCGAUUUCAUGGCGAAGAUUUUUCAGAUUCGUCUGGCGAAGCACACGGACGCGGCGACCGCGCCGUACUGGUCGGAGCGAGUGAUAUUAGACCUCUAUUCGCACAUGUUCAACGCGAAAGAUUACGAAAACGCGGCGUGGGCGGCGGAGAACUUCCCGAUUCUCGGCGUGCGACCGUCGAGCUUGACGGCGAAGCAAGUGUUCUUCACUCUGUAUAUGGGGCCGUUUGACCUCCUCUAUCGCGGGUACGAGGCUUUGAGAGAGAGAUAUGGAACUGCGUCAUUUGCCACGGCGACGAUGAUCGGGGCGUCGCUCGACAACAACCAGAUCGACCUCGCUCGCGAGUACGUGGACGCUUUCAUGGAGAGUGAGGCAACGAUUCCAUCCAAAACGUUUUACAAGUUUUGUAAGGUGGCCGUGAGAAAGGGCGACGCAGCGAACGCGAAAUGGGCUCAGGAGAUGUAUCUCCAGUCCAUCAAGCACGCGUGUGCGCACCGCAUCAAGCGUGCGAACGAGAUUAACGCUCAAAUUGAUGACGGGACCUAUAAGGGCAAGCUGAAACAGAAGAUUCAGAUAGACCCGAAGUUGCACGAUCCUAAGCCGUUGAUGCCCUUUUAUUUUAUCACUACAGCGCAGAUGCACCUUCUCCACGGCGAAGUGGAGGCUGCGUCGAACGCACUCAAUGACAUGCCGUCCUUCGAACACAAGUACGUGCACGUCGGAGAAGACACCGGUGAAGGGGUGGAUGGAUCGACUUCUUCCGCGUCUGUCCGUACGAGAAACGUCGAAACGGAGUGUUUGGAGACGUUUUCGUCGUGGCCGUCCAAGCUCUACGUCGACGAAGGAUUCAGCGGCGAACCCACGCCGGAGACUCUACGCGAGACCAUGAAAGCGGCGAUCGCCGGCAUCGCGCGCGAUGAUAUCCGAUCCAUCUUUGAGCGCGUCGACGUGGACUCCGUCUUCGACGCGCUCGAAGCGAAACCCACCGAAGCGGAAGCCGCCGCCGGAGACGUAGAGGAACAACGAGCGGACGAACCGGAGCAACAGAAGGAAGACUAG